AUGGGCUCGCCAGCGAGCCCGCAAAUGGACCCGCCGACAUCACCUGCACCGUCGCCCGUUGCCCUGCUUCCCGUCGCCCCAUCCGCUCCUUAUCCCGCCGUCGCUCUGCUCGUCGCAUUACCCCCGCCCCUGCUUGUUCCCCCCCCCUCCUCACCCCCCGUCGUGGUGUUUGCGUGUGGAGCGGGGGUCGCUGUGGGGGGGGAGGGGGUGGACGUGCGUGUGCUCUGGAAAGCACAUAGCGGGUCGGUGCGGGAGGACCGUGUGCGGGAGAUGAUAAAGGCGUUGGAGCUUGUGCAUGCUGAGAGCGAGCCCGCCUCUGCCACACUCCAGCAAACCCCUUCUUCCGCCUCCUCCUCCUUCACAACCACCAGCAUAGCCUUCUCCAACCCUCGCCUCCCCAGCCACCAAUCCUCCAGCAUCCGAACCACAGGCAGAAAGUUCGGGAGGUCCAGGGUCACCCGGACCUUGAGGCUCGACGACGAGGCUGCGGCGGACUCCUUGAAGAUAUUACGCCGGGCAAGGAUACCGCGCACGCUGUUAACACUAAUGCACAACGCCAACACGCUCACGGCUGCACAGGCCACUCCUGAGAGGUUGUUUCUGCUGCUGGACAUGGCCGCUGUAGUGGACGAGCUCAUGCCCCAGGUGGGCAGUGGGAAAAUUGGGGGUGGGAGGGGGGUGUUGGUGAUUGGCGUUGUUGGGGUGGAGCGGCUAGUGUGUUGGCCGGAUAGUGAAGGGCUGAUGGCGGAGUGGCGGGGGCUGACACGCGGCGAGGCGAAGGCGGUGCUGGGCACGUUCGAUGCACUCACCGCCAUGCUGCAGGUGCCUGUGGAGCAGCCACGCAGAAACAAGUGGAACGUGGGAUGGAUCGAGCUUAGGAGAGGGAGGGAGGGGGAUAAGCAGUACUGGGAACUCGGUUGUUCCGAGGAGAGGGCAGCAGCAGCGGCAAGGAGGGCGGGGGAGGGGGGGGGGUACCGUGGAGAAGAGUGGAAGCGUGCAUGCCGUCACCAGCUAUGUCAUCAACUACAUCGCCACCUACCUGUGCAAGUGCGUGCUGCAAACACUUAA